CUCGCAUAUUCUGCUGUCCUUUGGGAGUUGAACAGCUUACAAACUCUUCACGACAACAAAGAAACCUGCGACUUGUGACCGCGACCCGAUUUCAAGCCAUAAGACCGGCAAACCCGCGAAUAGAGGGUCAAAUCGACCGUCCGUCGAAUAGUUAAUGAGGAGUCAGAACGUGCUCGAGUGAAAAUAUUUGCCUUACUCAGCACGGCAACGCAAGAUAAAUUUUUAGCCAUUUUUAUUUCACUGUUACAUACAUGCAAGAACAUAGCGUUACUUCACCGCUAAAAGAAGAAAGCGUCGGCUGGAUACAACCAGCUACCAUGGACAGUAAUCAAGUGGCCAGCGGGUACGGCUUGGCCAGGGCACAUUUCGAGAAGCAGCCUCCUUCAAAUCUUCGUAAGAGCAACUUUUUCCACUUCGUUUUGGCGUUUUACGAUCGCACGGGACAAGCGGUUGAGAUCGAGCGCGCAGCUUUCGUGGGUUUUAUUGAGCACCUGCCUGAUCAGAAGAACGUUCGAAAUGGUGCAUCGUACCGGCUACAAGUUCUCUACAAUAAUGGCAUUAGAAGUGAGCAAGACGUAUUUAUUCGCCUUGUUAACUCGGCGACGAAGCAGCCCAUUGUAUAUGAAGGGCAGGACAAAAACCCUGAGAUGUGUCGGGUUCUCAUGACUCAUGAAGUUAUGUGCAGCCGAUGCUGUGAAAAGAAAUCAUGCGGCAAUAAAAAUGAAACACCGUCAGACCCUGUUAUAGUAGACAGAUUCUUUUUAAAAUUUUUCCUGAAGUGCAAUCAGAAUUGUUUAAAAAAUGCGGGAAAUCCAAGGGAUAUGAGGCGCUUCCAGGUGCAUGUUUCUUCGUCUCCUGAUCCUGUUGCUGGAAUGUUAGCAUGCUCUGAUAACAUGUUUGUGCAUAACAAUUCCAAACAUGGUAGGAAAAGCCGCAAACUGGAGUCUUCAUAUGCUUAUCCGUGUAUCAAGGCUAUUUGCCCAAAUGAGGGAUGGACAACUGGAGGAACAAAUGUUGUAGUAAUAGGAGAAAACUUUUUUGAUGGCUUACAAGUGGUGUUUGGCUCACUAAUUGUCUGGAGUGAGUUUAUCACCCCUAAUGCUAUCCGUGUCCAAGCACCACCCAGACCCAUUCCAGGCAUGGUAGAAGUAACACUUAUGUACAGAAACAAGCAAUUCUGCAAGACUGCCCCUGGAAGAUUCAUUUAUUCAGCACUUUGUGAACCAACUAUUGACUACGGCUUCCAAAGACUGACGAAGCUUAUUCCAAGACACCCUGGUGAUCCUGAAAAGUUACCCAAGGAAAUCAUUUUAAAGAGGGCAGCUGAUCUUGCAGAAGCUGUGUGCUACAACCUUCCUCGCACCCCAACUCAACUUCAUGGGUCACAAUAUCCACCCCCUGGGGGGCCGCCACCCACCACUGCUGGUGGCACACAUCCAAUGAUGAUCGGGCAGCACCUGACAGCCCUGUCCCCUGAUGGAAUUACCAAUGGAGGUGCCUAUGGGACCAUUACCAAUCCCGAGGCUCCAGUCUAUGGCAACACAAACCCUGGCAGCCAACAGCAGAGAAUAGCAACUUCUGGGGCACACACUGACACCAAUAAUAAUGAAAUUAUUGUCUCAUCAGGUACUGGCAGCAACACUCCUACCACAAGGCCAGUCAAUUUGCCUCCUGGCUAUCCACACAGUGGAUCUUUGGCAAGUGAAGCACACAUUGUCUCCAAUUCUGAUGUGCCUGUAACACCCUCUGUGGCAAUCAGCAUGUCAAGUGCUGCAAAUGGUAUCAAUGCAUACCCUGGGGGGCUUCCACCAUCAAUUACAUUACACAACAUGGCAGUCCCUUCUUCACCGAGUUUCCUUAAUGGGGCUACAUUUGUUCCCCAAUCUCCAUCACUUCCUCCAACACCCAGCAGUGUACCACCCAAUGGAAAUGCAGGAAUGUUUGCCUUUCCACCAAACAUGAUUCAAGCAGUCAAACAAAAGAGUGCAUUUAAUCCUGUGAUGAGACCACCCAACGUGUCUGAGGGAAGUACACCCACUGGCUCUCAUGGAAACUCUGCUGUUAUUGUUCCAGGUAUGCCAUCCUCCUUUGGUGGCACAUUUGCAAUUCCUGUAAGUGCUGCUGUCCAAUCCAAGCCAGGGAGCCAUGUAGGAGGAAACUCUUAGGUCACCACAAUAGAGGCAGUUUGCAUAAGCAUAUCACGCAUACAGGAACAGUACUUUGACUGCAGCGAACAACUGCUCAGUAGGCUUCACUGGAAUUAUUGUCAAGAUAAUUUACUUAGAGCAGAUCUCACUGCUGGACAAUCUAAAAAUGGCCCUGAAUCAGUGAUAAACUAUGUGCAUUUUCGUAGCCGCUGAAAUAACUAGCGACUCGUACAACAGCUUUGUUCACGAAUUCUGAAAUUCUAAUUUGAUAUUCUAAGGAGACUUUACCAUUUAGGAAGAUAAAACGUGGCUUUGUUUUAUCCAGCAGUCCACUUUUGCAUGUGUAUAUUUUUUUGUUUGAAUUUCUUUUAUACAAGUUUUCUACAAACAUUCGCUAUUUUGGAGUUUGGGAAAUAAUCGAAAUUUUAACAUAAAUUUAAGAUAUAUUUUCAGGCUCUUUUUUUUUUUGAAAGAGAAAUUAUAACUAGUCAUUGAAUGCAGACACAACCAGUGUCGUAUUAUUUUCCUAAUAGUUAAUAUAUUUCUUGUACUAUAGAUAUUUUUCAAGCAAAAUUGAACGGUUUCGAACAUUUUUUGUGAAGCACUUGGAAUAAUGCUUGAGUCGUACAACUUAAUUUAUUUUUCUAUAAAUAAAAAGCUAUUUCUAUAAUGAUGCAAAUUAGAAUAAUUACACAUUAACUGUAAAGGUUAUUUAUUUUUCUCUAGUUUGUGAGAUGAUAAUAAUUAUUUAGAAUGGGUUGUAAGUAUAUUAAUCGAUAAAUCGUAGAUUUUACUUCGAUUUAUCCGAAUAUGUAUGUAACCAUUAAGCCAUAUGUAAACAAGAAGCACACAGCAACCACAACAUCCACUGCAGCCUAUCAGAAAAGAGUUCGACUGAUAUAAUUUAACAGGAGAAUUCCAAAGCACAAAGCUUCGUGUCACACGAAUUUCGUCGCACAAUUCAUCUUCAAGUCUAUGUCACGCGAAGAAACGUUUUUUCAAACUAAUGGUGUGGAAUUAA